UAGCCUGCCAUUACCUCUGAACUGAAGCAGCGAGUGGGCAUAGGAGGUAUUAGCUCAACUGCCUUACGCAAGUAUUUUACUUUUAUCACAACGUUGGUAAUCACCUAAUCUACAAGCCUAUCGCCAACAUGACGAAAAGAUCUUGUGCGGUUUACGCGACAGGAAUUGUAUGCGCUCCUCUUCUAAUUUUGGGGAUCGCCCUACAUGUGGCCCCAGUCUUCCAGACCAUGAUUCAGAGUCGGAUAAAAAAGGAGGUCACGCUAGCGCCAAACAGUCGAGUAUUGCAAGGUUGGAUAGAUCCACCCCCACCUGUCUAUAUGCAGUAUUUUUUCUUCAACGUCACCAACGCUGAUGAGUUCGUGGCUGGAAAAGCGAAACCUGCCGUCACCCAGAUUGGUCCAUACACAUACAGGGUAUACAGACGAAGGGAGAACGUCACUUUCCUGGAGAACGGGACCAAAAUCUUCGUCACGAAUCCCAAGAGCUUUGCUUUUCUCCCCGAGAUGUCUGUGGGAAAUCCGGAAGUCGACCUGCUGACGACCGUCAACAUCCCUUUGAUUGCGGUGAUGAACGAAAUGCACUCGUACUCCUUCUUCCUGCGUACGGUCAUGUCUCUGUGGAUGGGGACUCUGGGUAUUGACCUCUUCAUGACGCGUACGGUCAACGAGAUCCUCUGGGGUUUCAAAGACCCUCUGCUGUCUAAGAUCCACGCCAUGCGUCCAGAGGUGGACGAGAACUUCGGCCUAAUGUACAAUAAAAAUGGAACCCAUGAAGGUGAAUUUGUCUUCCAUACCGGUGUACAAAACUACAUGGACUAUGGAAAAAUCGACACCUGGAAUGGAAUAAAACAAAUGACAUGGUGGUCAUCCAAUCAGAGUAACAUGAUUAACGGGACCGAUGGCAGCGUGUUUCACCCGUUCCUGUUAAGGGACGAGCUGCUCUACAUUUUUGCUACUGAUCUCUGCAGGUCUAUCCAUCUUGCUUACGUAGAGGAUACAGAGGUCAAAGGUAUCCCGGCCUACCGCUUUGUCCCGCCAGAGGACGUCCUGGCAAGCCCAGAGGAGAACCCUGCCAAUGCUGGUUUCUGUGUGCCCGCUGGUGACUGCCUGGGGAAAGGGGUACUCAAGGUCAGCGUGUGUAGGGAAGGUGCACCUUUUGUUGUCUCCUUCCCUCACUUCUACCAAGCUGAUGAGAAGUACAUAAACGCCAUAGACGGGCUCAGCCCUAAUAAAGAAGAGCACGAGACGUAUCUUGACUUGAACCCGACCACGGGAGUUCCUCUCCGUGCCCGCAAGCGUACCCAGAUCAACGUCAUCAUGAAGAAAGUCCCUGGUUUCCGCAAAACCAGAUUCCUCAAUGAGACCAUCUUCCCCAUUAUGUAUGUGAACGAGAUGGCCACCAUUGACGAUGACUCUGCGGCCCAAAUGAGAGGUCUCCUCCUGUAAAAAUGCUUUUCCUCUGAAAAACAUGUCUCGCUUUCAUUUGCACUCAGUUUAUGUUGGUAUGUAGCAGCAUAGUGUGGCUGCCAUGGCAUUAAACAAGCUCGCCCAAAGAUGCCA